CCGUGGACCGAAACGCCAUUUCAAAGAGGCGCGUCCUAAUAGUUGGUUGGCACGACCCAAAUGUCGCGUUCAGCAUCGGUGAGAACCCCUGCGUCAAGGCUCAAUAACUUGCUUGAUGUUUCGGAUAUCUUCUCUGCCACGCCAUCGCGUUCGGGGCCUGGAAAACACCGAUCGGUUGCUUCACUGCGGUCAGUUGCUAAGGAGCAUGCAAGCGAAUUCAGUUAUCUGGAUGAUGAACACAAGCAGGACUCUUCUUCGAGUGCGGGGGCGGCAGGGAGCUCAUCUGCACGCUUCUCCUUGGCGCAUGAACUCGCUGCUGCUAUGAUGCCAGAACCUAGUGUUGGAUCAAGACUCCUUGCAGAGGAGUUUGGGGUCGAAUUUGAUGAGGGCGCAGAAGGGAUUGAAGCACAGGAUGAGGACGCAGAAAUCCCUGUCGCUGGAGACCUGCAUGAUGACCCAUCCUUUAUUUCUGGUGGUUACCGAGAAAGCGACUCCACAUCAGACGUCGACGAUGGAUCCUCCCUCCACCUUCGCGGCCGGUCGGGAGCUACAACCCCGAUAAUCAAUGGGGAUAAUCACCUCUAUCCUGGUGUUGUAGCAUUUUCAACCCCCCAUGCCGAACCCAGUCACCACAAUUCCCAUUCGCCAAUGGCUGGUCAAUCGCAGCGGGACCCUUUAGAAAUAUUUUCUGAAGACCUGGCUAGCAUGGAUGCUUUUAUUUCCUGCCUAAAGAAUCUCGAUAGUCACUCAUUGAAUCCAAAAGCCUCACCCGCCUCUGCAUUGUUCGAACCAGCCAUCGAACGCUACACCUCAAAUAUGGUUCGACAUAUGAAUGAUGUUAUGCGCGAACGCGAAAACCAAAUUCGUGAACUUUUGGCCAUUGAGAAGGAGUUCAAAAAGAUCGGGAGUGAGUUGGGUGGGGAUGAUAUUCUCGCAUCACUAGAGCCACUCGGAGACACAGACGAUCUCGUUGGCAGCACGGAAGAGACAUCACGUCUUCCUUCGAGCGGAAGCCAUCUGCUGCCGCUUAGGGGCAUUGCUGAAGAAGAUGAGCUCCAUGAGGGUGAUUCCGAAGCAAGUCAUGAUUCAGAUGCUGAUCCUGCAGAGCUUGACGUUGGUACUGAGAGGUUCGUCAACGGCCGACUGCAGCGAGCGUCCCUCCCAGUCCCAGGGAUACCUUCACCCUCUCCACGCGGUGUGUCCGCCACACCUGGCAGCACGGUUUCUCACUUGUACCAUAUGCGCUCCGUCACUUCUUCCAUUGCAAACUCUCUGAGCGUCCUCAGCGAACAUGCCCAAGAAAAUGGAGCGGCGACGGCAGAAGCGGGAAGAAAGUUGCGCGCCCUUAAAUCCAAGAUUGCCAGUUUGCGAAAUGACUGGGAGAGUGCCGCUCGGAGUCGAGAAAAGAUCGAAAGAUGGGAGAAUGGAGUAGACGGCGUUGGCACAAAGCCCGUUGACGGGCGAAAAUUAGUUCAGGAGCAACUAUCUGGGUUUGCCGCGGCAUUAAAUCACGCAAAUUUGAGGACUCAGGCCAUAAUGGCUUCAGCCUGAACUCCGAAACCUCACUUCGUUCUCGAUGGAUCGGACGGACCUUACGCAUUCGAUCUUGCACCUGUACAACCCUAUGACACACCUAAUUUGCGUCCAUACCUUCUGUAGAAGUUCCGAUCUAUUCAUUCUCACCUUAUCCUCGAUAGAGCACCACUCUCAGCUGGGCCGCAUUUACCAAUGAGACCCAUAAUAAUCCUCAGCUAUUUACCCUGAAAUCAGGUGGGGCGGAUGAUUAUGUGUGGUAAACUGGCCGAACGACAAUCACAUUUGUGCUAAUAUUUUCUGUUCAGUAUAAGGAUGGACACAGGACUG